AUGGACUACGAUGGCCAUUCUUUUCAUAUUCGUCCAUGCUGGGCUGCCAACAACGUCCACCGUCACUACGAUGAGACCCACACUAACGAUACCGUCAGCUGGGUGAUGUUGUCCCGCGAGGGAGACAUUGUCAAGUUGCCACACGAGAAAAUCAUCCACAAGCAAACGUCAAGGAUAUCACUGGAACUGUCGAGGCCAAGCUCACUAGCCGAUGCGCCUGCUUUCGAUAUCAAGAGUGACAGUGGAACAGUGUAUAUCACAACUGGGAGGGUUAUAUACCUACCAGCCACACCAACGCCCGAGUUCAAAUCGUUUUCAGCGCCCAUACUCAACUUUGAGGACACGCACAUUGGAUCGGGGUGGUUCAGCGCAUCUUACUGGACCGGGCUGGUUAGGCCCGUAACGGGUGGCAAUGUACCACAAGGCUUGCCACGUCUUGAAAUCAAGUUGACGUUCAAGGAUGGCGGCUGGAGCGACUUUAGGGAGGCGUACCAGACGAUCAGAGAUCGUCUUCAACACGCACAGGAUAUCCGGGCAGAGACAGGCCAGGUGAUCGCCGUGGAUGAAGAUUUGCCGCAAUACGAAGAGUCGCCGAGCAAUCCACCCGGGUCAAGCACACAAUCCUCAGGUCUGGCCGCCCCCUCUCAGCCUUCGCGGACGAUAUCAACACAGCCACAACCCGACGAGCCUCCGCCAGGGUAUGAGGAAGCCCAAGCUCAGGCACUAGGGAACAGGAUGGAGGAGGCGGAAAGGAAUCAAGCGGAGAGGCAUUAA